UUCCAAACAUAACCCCAAUCUUAGCUAAACAAGCCCUUUUGCUUUUCACUCUUUCACUUUUACACACACACACAUCGUCGGAUUUCAUCGGAAAUGAGUCACGAUGACUGGCCGGACUGGCUCCCCGGUGACUGGUCCGUUCAUAUCAGAAAGGUUGACGGUCGAAAAGUCAAGUGUUAUGUUGACCCUGAUGGACACAAGUGCUAUUCAAAGCCACAAGUGUUUGAUUAUCUUAAGAAGACCAACAAAAGCCUACCCACAGAUAAACCUCAAAAUGGCGAAGGCCCAGCUAUAGACUUAUCUGCGGAGCCAAAUGCUCCCCAUACAGAUGAAGGUCCUGAAUCCACACCUGGAGGACCUCCUACAAAACUGACACCUAGAUCUAACAGAAGGAAAUCCAUUUCCGCGGAUUUGUCUGAAGAUUUUUUAGGCGGAGAUGGUUUUUCCUCUGAGCCAUCGUCACAUAAGAGACAUAGGGGAGAUUGUAAUUGGCUACCUGAAGGAUGGACUGUGGAAGAUAAGGUUCGGCAAGGUGGUAGCACUAGUGGAAUGAAAUAUAAGGUUUAUAUAGAUCCUGUAAGUGGACAAAAAUUCUUUUCCAAGCCACAGGUUCUGAAUCAUAUUGCCAAAACAAACGGUAGUGCAGGUGUACAUGAAGCUGUACAGGAAGCUGUAUUCGCUGAACCUAUUAGUGCUAUGCCAAUAUCAUCUUGGCAAGAGAAGCCCACUACAGAACCUGAUGACUCACAGAUGUAUGAAGCCACUGAAGCGGAGAAGAAAACCGAAGAUAAAACAGAAAUCUCCCGCUUGUCCUCUGACGAUGAGGUUGUCACAAGGACUCCUGCAGAAGGAUUACCUCCGGGAUGGAUAAAAGAAGUCAGAAGGAGAAAAUCUUCUGGAGGAGCCAUAAGAUCCGAUCCGGUAUACUACCUAGACCCUUUAAGUGAAUAUGCCUUUGCCUCGAAAAAGGAUGCUUUGCGUUAUCUGGAAUCUGGAGAUAUAAAGACAUGUGUCUCAAGACCACGUAAAAAGAAUAUGAAUAAUAAUGACACUCUUAAUGUUAAUCUGACUUCGACGGGAGGAGAAUUGCCUGCACAAACUGAUCAGUCCAAUGGAAAUGAAGCUUCAAAAGAAUUCGUAAAUGGUUCUGCGGAAGAGUUGAAAACAAACGAAAGUGGUAUACCGAACCCGAAACCGCUUCGCUCUAUAAGCGGAGCAUCUUUCUCUACACCUGAGAAAGAUAAGUGGCUACCUGAUGGAUGGCUUGUUGAUGUGCGUUAUAAAACUUCUGGAAUGAAAUACAAGAUUUACAAGGAUCCUGCAACUGGGAAACUGUUCUAUUCGAAGCCACAGGUGCUGAGCUAUCUUGGUAAUGGGAGUAGCAGCAGCUCUAGAAAGAAAAAAGAACACAACUCAUCUGUAGCACCCGAUUCAUCCCCAAACUCUACACCUGCUGAUGUCACACGCCCCAAAAGAUCCGUAAAGAAGAAAGGCGACAGCCAGAACACCGAGUACCAAGAAGUUAUCACAACAUCCGCUGCAGAUGGGUUGCCACCCGGAUGGAUUAAAGAAACCAGAACUAAGAUAUAUGCAACCCACAAAAGAAAUGAUCCGUUCUACACAGACCCUGAGACUGGAUACAUCUUUCGGUCCAAAGCUGAUGCUCUGCGUUAUAUAGAGACCGGAGAUGUGAACUUAUGUGCUAUUAGACCAAAAGUUAAGGAUAAAGAUGGAAAGGAAGUUUAUGUAUAUUCAAACAAUGCGCAAAAACCCACUACUGGAGAUGACGUGGCGACUGAAGUUCCUGAAGAGAAUCACACCCCUGAUCCAAAAACCGCUAAUGACACAAACCGCAGGGUGACAAAGAAUAGCAGUCCUGCGACCGAUUCGCCCUCUCGAUCUUCGAAAAGGCAAAAAGGGAAAGAUCCCGAGACUGCCCCUACAAGCGGUGUUCCCACUGAGAAGCAGGAAACAGGGGUAAAUCUGGAAAAACAACCUGAUGAUGGCAACCUGACUUUUGACAUUCCAGAAGAUGAUAACUGGACAGACCAAUGCAUUGACUUUGCGGUGAAAACACUGACAGAUGAAAUCAUGUUUAAUGGUCAACCGGUGGAGACAACAGGUGUGAAGGACACUCCUCCUUCAAAGGUGAACUGAGGUAUGAUGUUCAGUGGGAUUCUCAGUGAUUAGUAUGGUAAUUUGACUUUAAUAUGAUGAUUAUUAUUAUUACUAUCGUAUUAAACCUGGGUAUGAAUUGCUAAUUAAGUUAAGUAGUAGCGCUUCAAUGUUGGCGUGAUGGCGGGUGUGUGUUGUGAAAAUAAAAAAAGGGACUUGUAUUACCCCCGCCGAUUGGGAAAACCCGGGUUUAUCUUUUGAAUUUAUGUAGACAUGAACUCAAGUGGUUAUAUGUUUUGAGCUCAUCUCAAACUUAUAAUUUGUAGAUGGCCCAACUCACAGCCUUAUUUGAGGAAGUGUUAUGUUUAAUCAGAUAGGAUCAGUUAAUCUGGACACUUUAUAUUGUAAUUAUACUUUGUUUAUUUGUCUUUCUGGUUUC